CUUCUAGGCUGCUGGGGUCACCCUGAGACCCUCCCUUGGGGACCCCCGCGUGGUCGCCCUGGCGCCCGCCUGGCUCACAGUGGGUGCUCUGUACACGUGUGUUGACCGAGUGCAUGUGUCGCUGGCAGGCAAAGCCCGCCAUCCCAGGCAUCCUGGGCUCCGUGCAGCUUCGGUCUCGCGGAACCUGCUUGUGCCAUAGCUAACGCCAGGCGGAGUUCCUGGGAGGACCAUGUCACUAGACUUCGGCAGUGUGGCACUGCAGACACAAAACGAAGAUGAAGAGUACGACAACGAAGAUUAUGAAAGGGAGAAAGAGUUGCAGCAGUUACUCACAGACCUGCCCCAUGAUAUGCUGGAUGACGACCUGUCCUCCGCCGAGCUCCACUCCUCGGACUGCAGCGAGGACGACACAGAGGGACGACCUCAUCCUUCUGAGCAAUUGGAGGUGAACUGGAAUGACCAUCAGGUGCUGCCUAAACCUAAAAGUGCAAACGACUAUAAUGAGAUUCGGGAUAUAUAUAUGGGAGAGAAGAUCGGCAAUGGCUGGGAAGAGAAUCCAAGUAAGAGUGAAGAGCGGCAUCCUGGGUACCAUCCCGAAGAAGGUGGAGAUGAAGGCGGAAGGGGUUACAGUCCUCCGAGUAAAUAUGAACAGUCUGAUUUAUAUCACCUUCCUGAAGACUUUAGGCCAUUUACCAAUGGUCAGAAGCAGGAAUUUAAUAAUCAGCCAGCCAAUGUAAUUAAAUUUUCAGAUCCUCAAAGGAAUCAUUUUCAGCAAUUCGGUGCGUCACAAGCUCCCAGUUGUCAAGUGUUGGAACCGUAUACAGUGGCAUAUAAACCUUACCAGCCUCCUGCUCAGCACAGUGACUCGCCAGCCCAGGAGAUAGCAGGAGGUGACACAUUUGAAGGCCUGCAACAACAAUUCUUAGGAGCUAAUGAAAGUUCUGCAGAAAAUAUGCAGAUCAUUCAACUUCAGGUUCUUAACAAAGCAAAAGAGAGGCAACUGGACAAUUUAGUUGAAAAGUUAAAUGAAAGUGAGCGUCAGAUCAGGUAUCUGAAUCACCAGCUUCUGAUAAUCAAAGAUGAAAAGGAUGGUUUGGCCCUCAGCCUUCGAGAAUCACAGAAACUCUUUCAGAAUGGAAAAGAAAGAGAGAUACAGCUUGAAGCACAAAUCAAAGCGCUGGAGACCCAAAUACAAGCAUUACAAGUCAAGGAAGAACAGAUGAUUAAGAAGUCCAGGACGACGGAAAUGGCCCUGGAAAGCCUGAAGCAGCAGCUGCUGGACCUGCAUCACUCCGAGUCCCUGCAGCGCGCCCGGGAGCAGCACGAGACCGUCGUGGCAGGCCUCACCAACAAGUACGAGGAGCAAGUGCUGUCCUUACAAAACAAGUUGGAUGCUACGGUGGCUGCCCUUAAGGAACAGGAAGACAUUUGCUGUCAUUUGAAAGACAAGGUGAAACAACUGGAAAGGAAUCAAGAAGCAACCAAAUUAGAAAAGACGGAGAUGAUUAACAGAUUGUCCAGAAGUCUAGAGGAGAGUCAAAACCAGUGUGCCAACUUGCUGCACUCAGGCUCAGUCCAGGAGGUGGCUCAGCUCCGGCUCCAGCUGCAGCAAGCUCAGAAGGCACAUGCAAUGAGUGAAAGCAUGAACAGGGCUUUGCAGGAAGAAUUAGCAGAACUAAAAGAUGAAAUUUCUCUCUAUGAAUCUGCUGCAAGACUAGGAAUACUUCCAAGUGACUCAGAAGGAGAAUUAAACGCAGAACUCAUGGACUCAUACGUGGAUUUGGGUAUUAAAAAAGCCAACUGGAAGAAAUCUGAAGUUAAGAGCAUGGUCCAGCAAGCAGACCCAGAUAAAGAGCUUUCCAACGAUGAGGUGAUCCUGAGGCUGAAAGCAGAAGUGCAGCGUUUGCUGGGCAGCAACUCCGUGAAGCGCCGCCUGGUGUCUCAGCUGCAGAGUGACCUCAAAGGCUGUUGGAAGAAAAUCGAAGACCUACAGCAAGGGGAGAAGGAUGUAGAAAGCAUCGCGGUCCAGACUAAAACAGAUCCCUCUUCUACUUCUGAAUUGAUUGUCAAAGAUGAUAUUCUGCGACUUGAAAAUGAAAUUCAAGUUUUGCAACAACAAAAUCAGGCACUAAAAGAAAUGGAAGAAAAACUGAGAAAUACAAAUCAGGAGUUAUGUAAUCAAAUGAGACAAAUGGUACAAGAUUUUGACCGUGAUAAACAAGAAACUAUUGAUAGGUGUGAGAGGACUUACCAGCAGCACCAUGAAGCCGUGAAAGCCCAGAUUCGCGAGAGCCUGUUAGCGAAGCAUGCUGUGGAGAAGCAGCAGCUCUUUGAGGUCUAUGAGGGGACUCGCUUGCAACUUAGGUCUGAACUGGAUAAGAUGAAUAAGGAGAUGGCCGCUGUGCAGGAGUGUUACCUGGAAGUGUGCAGAGAGAAGGAUGACCUAGAAUCAACUCUCAGGAAGACCAUCGAAAAGGAGCAGCAGAUGCAGGAGAAGAUGAAAGAAGAACUUUUUCAACAGAUUGAAAAGGAGUGGCAGGCUAAGCUGGCUCAAACUGCAAAGGCAAUGAAAAAGACAACCUCUGACUGUUACAGCCAGACGGACCAGGUAGCCGCCAAAGAUGCUGUUUCCCAGAAAGAGAUGGCAAUGGUGGCAGAAGGACAGGAGCAGGGGGCCCAGCAGGAUCUAGAGCAGGAAAAGGAAAGAGCUAUCAAGGCAGCCUUGAAGAAACUCGAGGUUGAAUUGGAACUCAAAUAUUGUGAAAACAUUGCCAAACAGGUAGAAACAGCUGUGCAAAAUGCUCGCCAUCGAUGGCUGGAAGAACUGCCUGAGCUUGCAGAGUAUAAAGCACGUGUCAGAGCGGAACAGAAGAGAUGGGAAGAACAGCAAGAGGUCUCUGUGGCCAAACGGAUAUCGUUUGCUGUUUCUGAAGCUAAAGAGAAAUGGAAAAGCGAGCUUGAAAAUACGAAGAAAAAUGCAACGCCUGGAAAAAUGCAACACCUGGAAAAAUUGGAGGAGAAGAUUCAUUCUCUUCAGAGAGAGCUGGAACUGAAGGACGAGGAAGUCCCUGUGGUUAUCAGGGCCGAGUUGGCAAAGGCCCGGAGUGAAUGGAACAAAGAAAAGCAAGAAGAAAUCCACAGAAUUCAAGAACAAAAUGAGCAAGAUUACAGACAGUUUUUAGAUGAUCAUCGAAAUAAAAUUAAUGAGGUGCUUGCAGCAGCUAAAGAAGACUUUCUGAAACAGAAAGCUGAACUGCUCCUCCAGAAGGAGACAGAAUUGCAAACCUGUCUAGACCAGAGUCGCAGGGAGUGGACUGUGCAGGAAGCCAGGCGGGUCCAACUGGAAAUCUCUCAGUACGAGGAGGACAUUCUGACUGUCCUUGAACUUCUCCUAAAGGGUACCCCGAAGGAGCAAGCCCCUGGUUCAGAGAACAGGCAACUCUCAGAACUCAUGUCGACGUGUUCUUCAAAGUGGGCGUCUGUGCGAUAUUUUGAAAAACUAAAGGCCUGCAUUCAGAAAGCACUUCAAGAUCUACUCUCCCUACUUAUGGAAAACACCAACUCAGAAUGGGAAAAGAGAAACAUGGGUGUCACCGGCCGAGGAGACCCUGGAACCUUGGUCAUCCUUCCUACACCCACGUCCGGACACCAUGCUCAGACCUCGGCCUCAAAACAAACAGAAGCAGAAGCUGAUAAGAAAAAGGUCCCUGAGAUUAAAGGUUCAUGCUGUGGACACAGCUUCCAAGAACUUGAAAAGGCAAAGCAGGAAUGUCAAGAUCUGAAAAGAAAACUGGAGAAAUGCUGUCGGCACCUUCAGUAUUUAGAAAGGAAGCACAAAGCCGUAGUGGAAAAAAUCGGAGAAGAGAAUAGUAAAGUUGUUGAAGAAUUAAUAGAAGAAAACAAUGACAUGAAGAGUAAAUUGGAAGAACUGAGAACACUUUGUAACUUACCACCAAGGUCAUUGUCAGAAGGGGCCAUUGAACAGGCUUGCCUGCCGUGCAGUCAGGGGGCCAUGGAAGAGCUUCGUGAGCAGUAUAUUAGAGCAGUGAAAAAAAUCAAGCGUGACAUGCUGCGGUACAUUCGGGAGAGUAAGGAGAGAGCUGCGGAAAUGGUCAAGGCAGAGGUGUUGCGAGAACGUCAAGAAACCAUCCGUAAGAUGCGCACGUACUAUUUGACCUGCCUCCAACAGAUCUUGCAGGAUAAUGGGAAACAGGAGGGAGCUGAGAAAAAGAUUAUGAAUGCUGCUAGCAAACUUGCUACAAUGGCAAAGCUGCUGGAAACACCUAUUGCAAACAGAUCCCAGAGCAAAACCACAGCGUCAGUACUGCCCCUGACUUCAGAGAUAAUUGGUGUUGAAAAAUCAAAAAGUAAUGACGUGGACCAGACUCUACCGGGUCACAGUGAAAGCAAAUCAAACAGUAUGAAAACUCUCCCCCAAAGUACGUGCGACCAGGUUCCCAAGAGGCGGGCUGCUUGCGACCUUCGGAGGCGGCUGGAGGCGGCGGAGCUUGGGGGCCCAAAGCACGUGAGUCCCAAAGGGUCGCGUGCAGACUUUCAGGGCGGGGAUUGCAGUCACAAACAUCUGCACGCGUCGCCAGGGGCUGCCUCUCCCGAGUUUGUCCCUUGGGAAGGCGAAGGGGGCUAUGGUUUGCACAGGAAGAAAGACCUCCUCGGUGACGCCGGCUCGGGCUCGCGUCUGCAGGCAGCCGAAUACCCCUUCCUCGGACCCUUCGGAAGCAAGUCCUCGCCGAGAAAUGGCCCCGCUCUUUCCGAAUCGGGAUCCGCACACAUAACUUGUCGGAGUCCUAAUGAAAGACUCGGCUUCAAAGUCUACAAGUGUGUUCCACUCACUGAAAGGGAAUCGGACGGAAGUGAGGGUCUGGGUGUCGAGGACGCUCCGGUCAAGGACAGCGGGGACCCCGGCGCCUCGCUGGGCUGGCCUUCCAGCAGCACCACCUUGCCCUUCGGCAGCCCCGAGGCGUCCUUUCUCCGCGCAGGGCCGCACGACACCCUGGAGGCGCUCGCCGGUGCUGGUCAUUUCAAACAGUUCUUAGCAGCCGGUUGCCUUUCAGAGAAAGAGAAAAAUCAUAAGAAUUCUCCACCGAUGCAGUGCCGGGCUGGUCGCACUCCAGACCUGUCUGAAGAAGCCAUGUAUGCCCAGCCGGGGAAGACCAGCAUGACCCCUGGACACCCAGCUCGUCCCGAGGCGGAUCUAUUGGCGGCAGAUUUCAAACAGCUGAGCAGCACAGAGCCCUCUUCAGCGCAUCGGCAACCUUCGAGAAGGCCGAUGGCCCCACUGUCCAGCCAGCAGGACAGCGGCUUCGACAGCCCCUUUGUCAAUCUUGACUAAUCGUUGUACAGUAUUUAAGAAGAAUAUAUUGGCAAGAAAACUGGAAGGGAAGACUUCAUACUGAAAAAUGUUUUGAGAUGUUUUAAUAACAUCUAUUCUAUGAGUAAAGUAUUCCCAUAAAACUACUUGAGAUAUUCAUGUCGCCUUAAUCUCCCAAAGGCCUGAUAGUGUCUGUGUAAUCUGUUUCCGUGUGGUGUUUACAUUUGGUUGCUAAAUCCUCUAUUUUUUAUACUUACAAAUUAGCUCUCUGUGCACUGUUAAAUUAUUUAAAUAAACUUGCAUAUGGUCUA